AUGUUUCACUCCGUCGCUCUGCCCUUGCACUUUGCCGACAAAGUCCCGCUGACGCUGAUCCAGCUCGGCCAGACGUCCAAGGAUAAGGCCUGGAACUUGGAGCAUGCGCGCCGGACCGUCAUCGAGGCGGUGCAGAAGGACAAGUCGAGAAAGCCACGCAUGGUGGUGCUUCCAGAGUGCUGGAACAGCCCCUAUGGCGUGCAGUACUUUGACACCUACGCAGAAGACUUUGGGGGAGCGUACGAGGCCGUCAAGACUCCCCUCAGCGGCGAGAGAAUAGACGCUGCACCAGCCAUCGAAGCAAGCAGCGAGGAGAAGCAGGUCGCGGAACAGCAGCAGAAAGCCUUUGAAAAGAGGUGGACGAUCGAUGGGAUCAAUCCGAUUGACGUGUCAAGCUCGCCGAGCGAAACAGUCAAGAUGAUGGCCGGCCUUGCGAAGGAGCUCGACAUUGUCCUCGUCGGAGGAAGCAUCCCCGAGAGGGAUGCGAAAACGGGUAAACUGUACAACACAGCGACUGUCUUUGACGAAACAGGGCGCCUAAUCUCGAUGCACCGCAAGCUGCACCUCUUCGACAUCGACAUCCCGGGCAAGAUGACUUUCCAAGAGUCCAAGACGCUCACCGCGGGCGAUCGCAUCACCGUCUUUGAGUGCUCUCUGGGCCGCUUCGGCCUUGCCAUCUGCUAUGAUCUCCGCUUUCCCGAGAUUGCCACGGUGGCCUCGCGGCUCGGCGCGGGCGCCGUCCUUUACCCCGGCGCGUUCAACACCACGACCGGCCCGCGGUCCUGGGAGCUGCUCCAGCGAGGGCGCGCAGCCGACAACCAGGUCUACAUCAUCGCCUGCUCGCCCGCCAGACCCUCGGCCGCUGACAUCGAAGCAGGUUCCUACCCCACGUAUGGGCACUCGAUGGUGGUCGAUCCGUGGGGAAAGGUCAUCGACACGCUCGACGAAAAGGAGGGCUCGCUGCCCGUCGAUUUACAAAAGUCCGACGUGGAAGAUGUGCGCAAGUUCGUUCCCGUCGCCAGGCAGAGGCGCUUUGAUGUAUAUCCCGAUGUGGCCAGGGGAUGA